CUGAGAUUACAGGAGUGAGCCACUGGUACCUAGCUAAUAUAAAGCAUCUUUUUGUAUUAUUUUUACAUGCCUAUAUAGCUGAUCAGAUUACAUCCCUUAGACAUACUGAUAGAGUAAAAAAGAACUCAGGUUUAAAACGAUUCAAAUAUACAUGGCUUUUUAAAAAUUGUUUGAACUUAGACACGUAGUGAGCCUUAAUUUUACUAUCAAUAAAAUAACUAUGGUAGAAAUAACUGUCCCCCCAUACACCUGUUUCAUUGAGUACUGAGGAAUUUAGGGUACUAAGGACGUGUACAUAUGUAUGUAUGUAGAAGAGUAAAUUACCAUAUCUUUCUCAGGUGUGAGCUGCUGUUUAUUAGGUAAUAGUGAAAUAUAUCCCAACUCCCUAAAGUAUUUCAGGUAUUUUACCUGUGUAAAAUAGGUGCUUCUUUUCCCUUUGGCAUACGUAGUCUUUUAGGGGAGAAUACAGGGUUUGAGAACUCUUUCCAUAUUGGAUUUUUUUUUUUUUUAGUAUCAGGAUUUGAACUCAAUGCUCCAUGCUUGCCAGGUGCAUCUUGAGAUGCACCUUCAACCCUACCUGGUUAUUUUGGAGUGGAGUGUAGAAAACUUUCAGACUGGCUUCCAACCCAGAUCCUUCAGAUCUCAGUCUUCUGAAUAGAUAGCAUUACAGGUGUGGAGCCUGGUUUAGAGAUGUAGUUAAAGCUCAGAUCCAUACAGUAUAAUGCAUUGAGUUUUGGUUGUGGAAAACCCCUAAAUUAUCAUGCGCUGAGUUGUUAAGAAAGGAAUUCAUCAGGGUCCCUGGCUUAAUCUACUGAAAUCUGGUGUGCUGAGAUAAAAGUGUAUAGUAUGUUUAUAUAUGCUUGGGUACAUUGUAGAAUCAAAACUGAGCCAAGAAUGUUCUUGUUCCUCCCUACAAACUAACAUCUUUAGAUUUUGUGUUGGAAAAAAUUUAAUUAAAAAAAUUUCUUCCUGCUGUUUUCCUAUCUACUAUAGCCCUAACGUGUUGACAGAUGACAAACUGGAGACCACUCAAAAGAUCAACAAAAGGGAUUCUUGGGUCCUAGAGACCAAAGAAAGAAUCAGCAGGAAUGCCCAGGGUGAAUUGAUGGAUUGCAGAGCCUGGCUGGCACGCUUUGUGCCCACCCCACCUCCAAAUCGGCUUAAUUACAAAUCAGAGGGCAGGCUUAGUGAACAAGACUGGCAAGCACAUUUCAAGGUCCCAUGUUAUGGGGUUGAUCCGUCUCAACUUGAGUCAGAAGAGGCAGAAGUGGAUGUGAGAGAAAGAGAGACACAGAGAGACAGAGAGCCAAAGAGGGCAAGAGACUUGACUUUAAGAGACUCGUGUACUGACAACUCCAUGCAGUUCGGAACCAGAACGACUACAGCUGAACCAGGGUUCAUGGGGACAUGGCAAAACGCUGACACUAACCUCUUGUUCAGAAUGUCCCAACAGGUUCCACUGGCAUGUGCUGGCAGAGUGCUGGGUGCAGACUUUUGCCCAAACCUGGAGGAGCCAGACCAGAGGCUGGAAGUCCAGGAUGGAGUUUUACUAGGAUUCCUUGGAAGAGUUAUGGCACAGUACAAGUUGUCUGCUCUUGGACAGGCCAUCCGUUGCACACUGGUAAACUGCACGUGUGAAUGUUUUCAGCCAGGGAAGAUUAACCUGAGGACUUGCGAUCAGUGUAAACAUGGCUGGGUGGCACAUGCAUUGGAUAAGCUCAGCACACAGCACCUGUACCACCCCACCCAAGUGGAGAUUGUACAGUCCAAUGUGGUGUUCGACAUCAGCAGCCUGAUGCUCUAUGGGACACAGGCAGUGCCUGUGCGGCUAAAGAUCCUGCUGGACCGGCUCUUCAGUGUCCUGAAGCAAGAGGAAGUGCUGCACAUACUGCAUGGCCUGGGCUGGACUCUGCGAGACUAUGUCCGAGGAUACAUCCUUCAGGAUGCUGCUGGCAAGGUGCUGGACCGCUGGGCCAUCAUGUCACGAGAAGAAGAAAUCAUUACCCUUCAGCAGUUUCUGAGGUUUGGAGAAACCAAAUCCAUUGUGGAGCUAAUGGCAAUUCAGGAGAAAGAAGGGCAGGCCGUAGCUGUACCAUCUUCAAAGACAGACUCAGAUAUAAGGACUUUCAUUGAGAGCAAUAACCGCACCAGGAGUCCCAGUCUCCUCGCUCACUUAGAGAACAGCAAUCCUUCCAGCAUACAUCACUUCGAAAACAUCCCCAACAGCCUUGCAUUUUUGCUUCCAUUCCAAUAUAUAAAUCCUGUCUCGGCCCCAUUGCUAGGGUUGCCUCCAAAUGGGCUACUUUUAGAGCAACCAGGACUGAGGCUGCGAGAACCAAGCCUUUCAACCCAGAAUGAAUAUAAUGAGAGCAGUGAAUCUGAAGUAUCUCCCACACCUUAUAAGAAUGAUCAAACCCCCAAUAGAAAUGCCCUGACCAGCAUUACUAAUGUGGAGCCCAAAACUGAACCAGCCUGUGUCUCCCCCAUUCAGAAUUCUGCCCCAGUCAGUGAUCUAACCAAAACUGAACACCCGAAAAGCUCAUUUCGGAUUCACCGGAUGAGAAGGAUGGGGUCAGCCUCUAGGAAAGGAAGAGUGUUCUGUAAUGCAUGUGGGAAGACAUUCUAUGAUAAGGGUACUCUCAAAAUUCAUUAUAAUGCAGUUCACCUGAAGAUCAAACAUCGAUGCACCAUUGAAGGUUGCAAUAUGGUCUUCAGCUCCCUCCGAAGCCGUAAUCGACACAGUGCAAACCCCAACCCUCGCCUUCACAUGCCCAUGUUAAGAAAUAACCGAGACAAAGAUUUAAUCCGGGCCACAUCAGGAGCUGCCACUCCUGUCAUAGCAAGUACAAAAUCAAAUCUCACACUCACGAGUCCUGGCCGGCCCCCAAUGGGUUUUACCACUCCUCCACUAGACCCUGUCUUACAGAAUCCUCUCCCUAGCCAGUUGGUAUUUCCUGGGCUAAAGACUGUACAACCAGUUCCUCCAUUUUAUAGAAGUUUACUCACUCCAGGGGAAAUGGUGAGUCCUCCAACUUCCCUCCCAACUAGUCCUAUCAUUCCAACCAGUGGUACCAUAGAGCAGCACCCCCCACCACCCUCUGAGCCAGUAGUGCCAGCAGUGAUGAUGGCAACCCAUGAGCCCAGUGUCGACCUGGCACCUAAGAAAAAGCCCAGGAAGUCAAGCAUGCCUGUAAAGAUUGAGAAGGAAAUUAUCGAUACCGCUGAUGAGUUUGAUGAUGAAGAUGAUGACCCCAAUGAUGCCGGACCUGUAGUCAGUGACAUGAGCCAUGACAAUCAUUGCCACUCCCAAGAGGAGAUGAGCCCAGGCAUGUCUGUGAAGGACUUUUCUAAGCAUAACAGGACCCUGUGCAUUUCAAGGACUGAAAUAAGAAGGGCAGACAGCAUGACCUCUGAGGACCAGGAGCCUGAGCGGGACUAUGAGAAUGAGUCUGAAUCUUCAGAGCCCAAACUUGGUGAGGAAUCCAUGGAAGGGGAUGAGCACAUGCAUGGUGAAGUGAGCGAAAAGGUCCUGAUGAACAGUGAGAGGCCGGAUGAGAACCACAGUGAGCCCUCUCACCAGGAUGUUAUCAAGGUGAAGGAAGAAUUUACAGAUCCCACUUAUGACAUGUUUUACAUGAGCCAGUAUGGACUAUAUAAUGGUGGGGGGGCCAGCAUGGCCGCCCUGCAUGAAAGUUUUGCCUCGUCUCUGAAUUAUGGAAGCCCUCAAAAAUUCUCCCCAGAGGGUGAUCUGUGUUCUAGCCCAGACCCUAAAAUCUGUUAUGUGUGCAAGAAGAGUUUCAAAAGCUCCUACAGUGUGAAGCUUCACUACCGGAAUGUUCACUUAAAAGAGAUGCACGUCUGCACAGUUGCUGGUUGCAAUGCUGCCUUCCCCUCUCGCCGAAGCAGAGACAGAAACAGAAAUUUACGGAUGGAAAGAACCAUAGGUCCAGGACAUCGAGACAGCCUGCAUCUCCGUAGACACAGUGCCAACAUAAAUCUGCAUCGUAAACUGUUGACCAAAGAACUCGAUGAUAUGGGUCUGGACUCAUCGCAGCCCUCCCUUAGCAAGGACCUCCGAGAUGAAUUUUUGGUGAAGAUCUAUGGGGCCCAGCACCCCCUGGGGCUCGAUGUCAGGGAAGAUGCCUCCUCUCCCGCAGGGACUGAAGACUCGCACCUGAAUGGGUAUGGAAGAGGCAUGGCGGAGGACUACAUGGUCCUCGACCUGAGCACCACCUCCAGCCUCCAGUCCAGCAGCAGCAUCCAUUCCUCCAGAGAAUCCGAUGCAGGCAGUGACGAGGGGAUUCUUCUCGAUGACAUUGAUGGGGCGAGUGACAGUGGGGAGUCGGCACACAAGGCUGAGGCCCCAGCCCUCCCUGGCAGCCUGGGGGCUGAAGUUUCAGGAUCUCUCAUGUUCAGCACCCUGUCUGGGAGCAAUGGUGGGAUCAUGUGCAACAUUUGCCACAAAAUGUACAGCAACAAGGGGACCCUGAGGGUGCACUACAAAACUGUGCAUCUGCGAGAAAUGCACAAGUGCAAAGUCCCAGGUUGCAAUAUGAUGUUUUCCUCUGUACGAAGCCGAAAUCGGCACAGUCAGAACCCUAAUCUCCACAAAAACAUUCCCUUCACUUCUAUAGAUUAGUCCCAGAAUGGACACUACAGAUGCCAGCUCUCACCAGAUGGCCUACAUGUUUGAACCGCCUAGUCGGUGUGCUUCCACACAUGGCUGGGGUGUGUAUGUGUAUGCAUAUGUAUGCCUGUGUCCACACAUGUGCACACACACGUAGUUUUCUUUAGAUAAAAAAAUGAUAAACACUAGGUGCUUUUGAAUUUUUUUUCCUUUAUAGGUUUGGGAGGAGGGAGUCUUUAAUUUGGGGAUGAAAACAAAGGACCCCUUUAAAAAUACGUACACAUGCAAAGCAUACAACUAACCCCAAUUUUGAUAGAGUAAUUCUUGGUCUUCUCCAAAGAGACAAUUUGUUGUACCCAUGACUGUUGCCUGCAAAAAAAAUAAUAAUAAUGAUAAUAAAAGGGAGAAAAAAAAGAAAACAAAAAAGAAACAAAAAGGAACUUCUUAUAGUUGUCUUUUGUGAACUUUAAGGUUUUGAGAGAAUCUUCAAUUAAAGCAUGGCAGAUUCACCUGUAAAUAUUUAGCCUUGAGAGGCAAAUGAUGUAAAACAAUUGUAUCGAUGGUUGUUUAACUCUUUUGUUUAAUUUUGACAGUUACAUCCAGCUCUUAGAUAUGCAGGAAAAACUAGUUUGCUGGCUAGCUCUAUUCAUUUAUGUUAGCAUUAAUGCACAUUUUUUAAAGAAGAACAUGGUCUUGUUUUUACUACCUGUUAGAUGUAGUGAUAAAGAGGUGCUGGCAUGCUUUACAGCACAGAUCUGAUUUUUUAAAAUGUCCUGUACUAGUACAUAAAUCCAGUCAAGCACUUUUUUCAUACACUACGAGGGGAUGUGUAAUAUCCAUGCUUCUUUUUUAUCCUUAAACUGUUGCCAUACUUCAGUAAGUGUCUUUAAAGAAAAAAAAAAUCCACUUGUGUAAAAACGUUCUGGUCAGUGUAGGGUACAAAUGCCAAACAAAAGUAUUAGUGUUAACACAAAACUGCCAACUUUGCACAAGUUUCCGGAAAAGAAAAUACAAUUAGUCACUCAACAUAACCACAGGCCAAUUUGUUGGCCACCAGAAAACCGCUUUUUUUGAAAGAAAAAAGAAAAAGAAAAAAAACCCUUAGUGAUUCUUUCAAGUGUUCAAUGUUAUUAGAAUCAACACUGCAUCUUUCUUGCUUAUGUUUUAAGUUACAUAAAAGGAAAACAAAAUUAUGUGGUGUGAAACAGCAAAGGCAUUUCUUCUUUAGAGGCAGGAUAAUAUUCCAGGAUGCAAAAAGCCCAGAUUAUUCUAUAUGGAACAAAGCUGAAUACAGUAAAGGCGUUGAACAGGCAUUUCCAAGGCCCUUGCCCUUCUCCUUUGAAGAGAAAGACAAAGUCUGAACUGGGUUGGCCUGUUGUAUGGCCGUCUCAUUUGUCACAAAUUGUGCAGUGGCAAACGACACAGGCCUGUUUGACAGACAAAAUCAAACGCUCCGCAUCGCAGCAGCAGUGCUUGGAAGCUCAGAAAACACGUGCUGAACUUGAAUUGAGCAACACUCCUUCCAAAAGGCAAGGGAAGGGGGGUUACGAUAGGAUCUCACUGUGUAGUGUUUUGUGUUUCCCUACAGAGAGAAAUGAAAGCAAGCCUGAAACCAAGCAAUUGAGAGUGAGAAGGAGGGAGAGGCUCUGCUCCAACCUUUUUUGUUUUGUUUUGUUUUGUUUCCGAUGUUUACACAUGUUGCCUGAGCUGGUUAACCACAUCGGCAGCCUCAGCUACCACAACAUACUGACUAAAUGAUGAUAUUUACUCAACUUCAGGCUGUAGCCAAAACCGUUAGGGUGUGUACUGCAUACUGUUUUGUCUUUUUUUUUUUUCCUUUUUUUUUAAGGGGGGAGGGAACAAACAAUGUUUUUAUCAAAACAGUACAUAAUAUAAAGAGAAUGUUUUUUUUUUCUGCAUUUAAUGGCCUCAGACAUUUCUCUCAUCAGUCUAAAAGUUAGAUAAAUCCCUUUGUUUCAACUUCUCAUGUCAUUUCCAUUUUUCAUGUUUUGUUCAUUAUUAUUUUUUUCUGUGUUCACAUCAGCGUCCACUUCCGUUAAAUUUGCCAAAGGAAACUGUUGAUAAUGUUUCUGUUGUUAUUAUUCUUGUAGGAGUGAUUGUACCUCACAGUAUUUAUUGUUCCCCAAAAUAAGCAUCAUCCUUGGGGAUCCAGUAUUUUUUAUUUGUGAAGAUUUCAGAAACAGUAGGUUCUUAAAGAUAAGCUAGAUAUAUCUAGGAGCUUUAUCUUCACCUCUUUGUGAAGAUGCCUUGGGAUUCCUUUGAUUCUUCAUUUGUCCUACAGUGAGGAAAGACCAAAAGUAUUUGCAAUACAAAGAAACUAUAUCAAACACUAUUUCUGUUAAAUGACGAAUGUUUACGGUAAAAAGCUGAGGAAUUAGUAAUAACCAUUUUUUGUUUUCUUGUAUAUUUGAAUUCUCCCAAAUCUUAAUUGCUUUAUUUUGGUGUUAUGUUAAAUUGAAUAGACAGAGAUGUUUUCCUUUGUUUUAUACCAUAUAAGACUCUGUACAAUAUGUUUGUGAAAAAUUGAGCUAGAAAAAUGAACAUUUGUUUGCAAACAUUUGGUCCUCACAGCGUUCUCUGUAUUGCGCUUUUGCCCAUCACCAAAUGACUAGAUUGAAAAAGAAUGCAAAAAUCUUUUGAGUAUCUCAACAGAAAUUAUGAAAACUCUAGCUUUUAGAGUGGGUACACUUAAGAAAAAUAAUAUGUAUUUUGUAUUUCAGUAACUCUUACAAGUUACACUCCUAGUUGAGAUAUGAGAAUUCAUCUACAAGAUCAGUAAUUGUUCUGCUUGAUUUAAUGCCAAGUACAAAAUUCAUAAUGGCCCCAGUGAGUGAAUGACAUGGAUGUCAGGAGGUCACAUCAGCAAACGAGCCAGUCUUAGUCAGAACAGGUGUUUUGUUACUUUCCCAAAGCCAGGCUAAUAUCUAUAGUCAGUUAGCAGAAGUCCAGAAGUAAAGAGAAUCUAGAAACAGAUUUCCCUGUGCUUGCAAACGUGAAUUCAAGACCCUCGCUUUUGUCAGAAAGAUGGCAAUAAGUCCUACUAGACAGCUGGCCCUUCUUAAGCUUGUCCCUUACUUGCUACUACUUUUAUGCCUCCAGUACCCAAUCAUUAUGGUUACCUUCUAAACAAAUAGCUUUUUUUUCACUACAAAGCUUCUUUGCUUAAAAGGAACUAGGGAGGUGGACAGAUGUAGUAUAUAAGACGUAAACUCAUAAAAUUUACAAUUGUAAUAGUCCCAAAGUGUUGCCUGUUCUUGGGUGUACCUAAAUGCCAUGUUUUGACUAAAUUGCAUUUCUCCUUGAGAUGGCAGCUUAUGUGCAAAUGGAAGGAUAAAGAUCAAUAUUUUGAUCACUGAGCUCUUGAGCUUGGCCCAUUCUUACUUAUUUACUUUUUCCUAGGAGUUUCUAUUCAGUUUCUGUCUAGCUGCCUCCCAUUUCAUGCUAGCUGGGAAUUACUAGGAAUAUAGACUUUCAUCCAUGUAUGUAGCCUUUUCCCAUUUGAUUGAUUUUAACCAGAGUUUUAUCACAGGUACAAAAUUAGGUAAUAUUAUUGUGCAUGCUCUCUAGCUGAUGUUGAAGUUUACUGUUUUGAUAAUUUUAAGCUACGGUUUUGUAAAUAUCAGAAAGGCUCACUCUGCCUUCAGGAAUAUCUGCAUGCUAUGGAGGUAGAAGAAAGGGAGCAAGAGAAAGGUUAGAUCAUAAAUAAGUUGGUUUGGAAAAUGUGAUUUUAAAGCUUGAUGUUCUGCUAGUAAUUGUAUUUAAAGAAACCAACCCAGUGUAACUCAUUCCAGGUCCUAAUUGCAGCUACCCUGUUCAGCCUGAUGUUUUGUUUUGUUUUUAUAAGAUUUAAAGUGUGAACGCUUUCCUUCCCAAUAUUGACUUUGUUUUUUAAGUGUUUUUAGUACAAGGGUACCACUGUCCUUGUAGUGAUUUCUUUGGCUAUUUGAUUUCUAGACCCUUCUAGUAAGAAGAGAAGACACUGAAAUAGUUAACAGCCCUAUUAAUAUAUACCUUCCUUUUUAAAGGGAGAGGAAAUAUAGAUGUAUAUAUGAAUGGUCUGGUCCAAAAGCGUAUUUCUCAUUUUAUUCAGGAGAAACUAUGCGCUAGGCUUCCACCAAGUGAAAUGGAACCUUUUCUCUCUCACUUCACACACUCAAGGUAUGCCAAGAAAAUGAGAAAGGGCCCUUAACAAAUACCACUAACAGCUUUACCCGACCAUUCCUGGUUUUCUUCUGAUCUUCUACCAUUGGGUUAGCUUGAGUAACACACUUAAAUAGAAUCCAACUGUCCUCAGAUGUAUGGCUUUUGCUAUCAGGAACAACCAGAUGGUCCAGGAAAGAUGCUUUCAUCCUGGGUACUCACCCUGUUUUUAAGAGUUGCUUUCUAAAAGUAUGACAAUGUUUGUUUAAAAAGAAUCUCUUAGUUUUGCCUCUAACUGGAAAUAACUAAAUUAGUGCGGAGAGGGUUGCCUCCUGUUUUUUUGUUUAACAGGAUGGUUCCAAUGGAGUAAGCCCAAAAGACUAGUACUUCCCCUAGAAGACUAGUUAUCCUCAGAAGAGUGAUACCAAGUAGAGGGUUGACUCGAAUUUGGUUUGAGGAUAGCUUGAAGAGAAAAGUUAAUGCACAGGAGUGUUUGUCCAAGAGAACAGUCUGGUACAGCUCUCUCUGGCAGUGGGUGACAAUAUAUUCAUACUGUGUCCUACAGAGUUCCCAGUGACCAGGUAUGUGCAAUGUGAGCAAAGUUAGAGCACCCAUGUGGAAUAGAAGAAGUUCUUAAGGCAUCUGUGGCUGUAGAGCAAUUUAUUUUUGCAUUGGUUUUGAGUGGGAAGGGAUGCUUUUUGGAGCAAAAGGAUAAAAGAGGUCACUUAGGUUUAAAAAAUGUCCAGUGGUGAAACCUACUUCAAAUCAUGAGUGGACAGUAGCUAUGAGUGGAGAGUACCAGCAUGAAGCUGUCCCUUUGCCCAUCAUCACCAUCAUCACCUUCAUUUGUUGCUGUAGCAACCCACAAAGCAUGAUUGUAAUAGCACUUGGCUGUUGAUCUCUUGACCAAAACUGGAGCUCAAUACACUGACCUACGUGGCAUAGAAGUAACUUCUGUUUCCGUAUUUUCCCUCAGAGCAAAACCAAACAUGCUCCUAUUACUAUUAGGACAAUAUUUGAUCUGUCCUAGAAUCAUUUCUGGGUUUCCUGUAAUUGCAGAAUUUUUUCACCAUCAAGAUAAAAGUCCAAUAGUGUCACACAAAUCCAGCUGUAAUGCUGACCACUAUAUCAUCUGCCACUGCUCUUGCCCAUAUACCCAUUGUAAGCCUGUGUCCUGUCAUUGUCAACCUUCUUAUACCUUGCAUGAAAGAAUUCUUAGAGUUAAUUCUGCAGUAAUGAGAUGUCAAAUGCUGUCUUUGGAGCAUUUGUUGGAAAAUUCACAUGCCUAAUAACGGAGGGUUUAAAACAACUUCACAUUUUUACAAGUACACUGAAUUGGAUCAGCAUUAUUACUCAUUAUAAUGCUAUAUAUAUGUUUGAUGAAACACACUAUAGUUGUCAUAAAACUAUCUUUAUUCUUCUCCUCUAAAAUGUUGUUAUAAAUUCAUUUGACCUUUACUGCAGGUGGAAAAAUGUCUUUUAUAUAUGGUAUCGGAACAGGCUCAGUUCAUAACAAAUAGUGGAACAUUACAAGAGAGGAAAAGAAAAAGCUAAGUCUGAGCAGUGCAGAGCUUCGGUUCAAUUUCACCUCAUAUCUUUCUAAUAACUUACUCGUCACUUUAUCACCUUCCAGUAAUGUGAACGCUGUUGACAAGACCGUCACACUAACAGCAGACAACACCCUCUCUGCGUCACCCCCAGCUCUCCUGGCUACUUAUUGCACUGGCCCUGAAGGGACACAAACUAAUAGUGUGCUUUCCAGUUCAGCACUUGGCCAUCAAAUAUAAAAGGAUGCGUAAUUGCCUGUUUAUCCCUUGUGAAGGGAAAAUUGAGUACAAGGGCUAGGCUUUCUCACUGAGUUCCCUGAUGUACACACACAUUCACAACUCUCCAUCCAUCCUUUUUCAUUCUCUUUCACACUUCUUCCAUCCAUUCCCCCCUCAUUUUCUCCUCUUUUUCCUCUCAACACAAAAGCAUGUAUGCAUACCCACUAUGUCAUUGAGGGGCUCUAGGUUGCCUCUCCUUUGCCCUCUCCCUUUAUUAAGUGCAUGCUAACAAAAUGGCUUCUUACAUAAAGGGUCCAGCAGUGAGGUGCUGUCAGUAACAGCAUUCUCUACUGCAUUGGAAACUUAAGGUUCACAGUUCCAUGCCCAACUAUUUGGGAAGUGCUGGUUGUAGCUCUAACUAGAGCAAAGUCAUUAGCAUAAGUACAAUUAGAUGUCCUAUAUUCUGUAAAGAAGCAAAGUUAAGAUACUUUCUUCUUCAAAAGGUCCCAUGUGUUGUAAAAACUGGUUAAAUGUAGUGGUUUAAGAAAAACACAUUUGGAUGUUUUUAAGUCUGCUAUCAAACCACUGUUCUCAACAUACACAUGUAUCUCUUACUAAUGUCCUCCAAAUCCAGUUUGAAACAUGACAUUACAUUCACCUAGACAAACUGGACUAACAAUCUUAAAAAUAAGGCACCAAGCUUUUAACUUUAAUUAUUAAAACAAGGACUACCCUCAUAUGAAAGGCAAUUUCUCCACAUGGGACAAUUUGGAGAAAUAGCUUUACAACGUUGAGAGACAAGAAGAUCAAAAGAUACAAAGGAAGCAUACACAAGAUUAUUAAUUCCAAAAUACCUUGAACCCAAGUAAUGUGUCAAUACUAGCUGCUAUGUCUGCAUAUUGGUAUACUUAAGUGAUGGUUGAAAAUGUGGCCACUUAGUGACUAAAUGAAGUGGCAAGAUCUACUUGUACACCUACUCUAAGGACUCUGGGGGACACCAGGCUUCCUUCUAAUGCCCUUUUGGCAGACCCAAUAAAAUAGUUGAUUCCUGCUGUGGACAAUUACAUUUAAUUCAACCAAAUAAAACACACAGAGAUGUCACUUUUGAUUGGGACUUUAACAAGGGAAGAGAAGCAGCCAGUUUAGAGAUGACAUAAUAGGUCUAUGUUGACAUGUCUGUGCUAAAUAAUCUCACAAAGCAAUCUGAGGACCAGAAAGAAAAGCACUUGAGCAAAAACUGGGCUAGAGAAAAAGGCAGUUUGUUGGUCUGAUUUAAGUUCCUCUGUGUGUAUAUAUUAGCAAUCAUUUAUCAAGCAUCUUCACAGAAUCUUAAUUUAAAACUCAGUUGCCAAAACUGCAAAAAUUCUUCAAGAGCUGAUACUAGCCUUCUCCCCCUAACUCUUAACAAGGAUGCUUAAGAACAUUUCCUAGAGUCUUGAUGCUUUAUUUAGCUUUCUUUAAAGAAAUCUUUGAAAGGAAAGAGCUGAAAAGGUUAUUUUAACAAAAAUGGAGAGAGGUAGAUAGUAUGAAACUAUAUUUCUUGAAGAGAAAGACAGAGAAUCUAAGUGCUAUACUAAGACUUUAUAAGGCUUCCUGUUGCCAAAUGUGAUGUUGGGAUAAUGCACGGCUAAGAUGGCAAAUCCAUCAAUUAUUAACUGGCUCUGCCCACUUCUGUUACGGAAUGCAAGGAUUGAGAGGUGACUCUGGGGAGACCCUGAAUGUGUAAGAGAGCUGCACUCAUCUUGCCCUGAAAAUGUUUUCAAAAAGAAGGCAAAAAUGCCAGCCCUCUUGGUAAUUGUUCCCCCUGCUUCCAUCCCACAAGGAGAACCAACAUAGCUGUUUGGGUGGCACUUGCUGCCUACCUCCUUCAUAGGAGGAGACAACAUCUCUCUCCCCACCCCCCACCCCCACAACGCCUCAACUGAUGACCUACCCUGUGAGAAGCAUUGAUUCAUGAGGUAUGAAGCUCUUGAACUCCCAGACAAUGUGCUGAAUUUAAUAGAUUGGCUUUAGACAUAGAAACCAUGGCUGACUUCUUUUUUUCAAUCUAGUACUCAAAUUGGAGUGUUUUUUUCAUGUACAGAGUAACCCAUUCCUCUCAUUGGCCAUCCUAAUCUCUGAUUUUAUCAUUGUCUUUCUUACUCCUGCCCUUUUUCUCAGGAGUAAUUUCUGAUCUCACCCACUCCCCUCUAAACAUAAAUAAGUCAUUUCUGAAGCAGGAAGUUAGAAUAUACCCCUUCUGUCCUACUUUUGACCAGUUGGCAAACAUGUUCUACCCACACAGGGUUUACAUAAUGCAAAUUAAGUGAAUAUGAUGUUUUAUGUAUUCACCCGAAUAUGACUAAGAUUUAUGAUACAUGGUACAUUGACUUUCCUGUGCAAACUUUGGUUCUGCCAGCCUGCAGAGCCUUAACCAUUUUCCUGCUCGUGCCAGUGUGAAAAGUGCAGAAGAGCUCAUUGUGGGUACUUGAGGGCAGAACGAGAAAGAAGAUUAAACAACAAGGAGGAGACUUUGGUCUGAGGCCACCUAGCCUUCCAAUGUGCAGCCCUCAGAGUUGGGGUGACCGAGACACCAGUGGGAGUUCCAUGGGAGCCAAUAUCCCUUCCCAUUGCUUCCUCCACCCUGCCCAGCUUGUUCUAUGAAGCCCUCCUGCUUUUCUGCUUCCUCCAAGGGUUGGUGGGAUCAAGCUGGGGAUGUAGGAUAAAUGUUCUGUUCUCUUGUGCUGAUGGCAGAAUAGUCCUGUGAGAGCUCUCAUAUGGCUCUGAGAACUAGUAGCUUUCUUACCCUAAACCCAAGUGAUGCUUCUCUAAUCACAAAAACAUUUGACUCAACCUGCAUAUUUAACAGUGAAAAUGGCCAAGGGGAAUUAAAAUACCUUGAGGAAAAGGAAUUUUUACUCAGAUACAUUCUUUUCCUCCCCCAGAGUUUAAGGGUUUGGCCUUUGUUGUUUUUCUUUAAAAAAUCUUAUUCUCAUCUGCAUCAGACCAGUCUCCUCCACUAAGCCUGAGGCAGAGCUAAAGUCUGUACUAAAGUCUGUACUGCAUCAAGGGAAGGGUGCAGCUUGAACCACCCUAUUCUAAUCAUUGUGAUGUCAGUAGCUUCAUAAAUACUCUAUGUACUUUAAGUGAGGGUUUUGUUUGUUUUGUUUUUCUGUUUUUGGUUUGUUUUUUACUAGUAGUCUAAGAUAAUUAAAAGUUUUUCUUUGCUAUUACCUUUGUUGUAUUUUCUGUACUAUAAUUGUCUACAGUAUGUCUUUUGCAUAAAAUGCAUAAGGGUUUGGGGGAUGUAAAUGGAAUUUUAUUCAUAUUUUGUCCAAAUACCUCUUGUAAUUUGUAUCAAAAUUCUUGUACAAUUUUUAUAUUAAAGAUUUAUCAGUCACUGA